AUGCAGUGCUUCAAGGCGCACGGCAUGCAGCAGCAGCAGCAGCAGCAGCAGCAGCCGUCAGCGUCCUCUGCGCAGCCUGCGGCAUCUGAGUACCGCCCCGAGACGCCGCUGACGUCUUGGGACAAGAUCAGUGCUGAGGACAUUGACUCAUGGGACGAGCAGACCGGUCCCGCCACGCCCCUGCUGGACACGGUUGAGUACCCGGUGCACAUCAAGAACUUCAACAGCCAGCAGCUCAAGCAGCUGUGCAAGGAGCUGCGCUCUGACGUGGUGCACACGGUCAGCCAGACGGGCGGGCACCUGAGCAGCAGCCUGGGCGUGGUGGAGCUGACGGUGGCGAUGCACUACGUGUUCAACGCGCCCGACGACAAGAUCAUCUUUGACGUCGGCCACCAGUGCUACAUCCACAAGAUGCUGACCGGCCGCCGCAAGCAGAUGCGCACCAUCCGCCAGACCAACGGCCUCUCAGGCUUCACCAAGCGCGCCGAGAGCGAGUACGACCCCUUUGGCGCGGGCCACAGCAGCACCAGCAUCAGCGCGGGCCUGGGCAUGGCCGUGGGCCGUGACAUGAAGGGCAAGCGCAACCACGUGCUGGCCGUCAUCGGCGACGGCGCCAUCACGGGCGGCAUGGCGUACGAGGCCAUGAACCACGCAGGCUUCCUGGACAAGAACAUGAUCAUCAUCCUCAACGACAACCAGCAGGUGUCGCUGCCCACGCAGUACAACGGGAAGAACCAGGACCCCGUGGGCGCGCUGUCGUCGGCGCUGGCGCGCCUGCAGGCCAACCGGCCGCUGCGCGAGCUGCGCGAGGUGGCCAAGGGCAUCAGCAAGCAGCUGCCGGCGCCGCUGCAGGUGGCCACCAGCAAGAUCGACGAGUAUGCGCGCGGCAUGAUCAGCGGUAGCGGGUCGACGCUGUUUGAGGAGCUGGGGCUGUACUACAUCGGCCCCGUGGACGGCCACAACGUGGACGACCUCGUCGCGGUGCUGUCAGAGGUCAAGGCCGCGGAGACGGUGCGGUUUUGA